UCGAUGAAAAUCCUUCAGUUCGUCUAUUCCAUCGAAUACAUUUAUAUGAAUUUGUUUCGUUGGUGAAGUUGUGAAGAUUUUAGGUUCAAAAUGGAGUACGAUUCCGAGACGAGAAAAACUAAAAUAUCCGAUUCGGCGUAUUCUACUAGCUUUUGUAAAAGUAAUUCACAUGGCAGCGCCAGUUCGAAGAGUCUCUUGAGUGGUAGUAAUUGCAGUAGCGGAUAUGGUGGAGUGGUCAAUGCAGAGAACGUUGACAAUAACCUACCGGCUUUAACUAAACGUAACAAAGACAAAGAAAAUAAGAAAAGUAAGUCUGAGUCUACAAACAUGAGUCAAAUGCACGUGGCGCCUUCAGAUUUUAAUCAACAUACAAAUGGUCUCAUCACUAACCCGGACAGCUUACAUUUAGAGCUCUUUUCAAAAAUAGACAUAAUUGAUAUCGUCAGUCCCAAAACCAACGAAAUGGGCACAGAUAACAUUUCAGAUAGCAACGUAAAGCAAUCUGAACAUGUACUUCCUGACAAUCUGACGCCAAAUACCAAAGUAAUCGAACCAAAGAAUGGAUUUUGCUGUGUCAUUUCCAUGUAUGAUGGCAUAGUGUUAUAUACGUCACCAAGCCUAACGCCGUUAUUGGGAUUUCCCAAAAAUAUGUGGCUGGGGAGGUCAUUUAGUGAUUUUCUUCAUCCCAAAGAUAGAGAAACGUUUUGUAAUGAGAUUACAAAUGAAAUCGCGAUACCUAUAGUGGAAGGAACUGACAGGAGAAAAGAUAUUCACGCUUCUUUCUACGUGUGCUUGAGAGAGUAUCGCGGAUUAAAGACAUCUGGGUACAGUGUUGUAGAGAGAGCAGUUUCCUACCAAGCUUUCCAUUUAUCUGUAAAAUUAAAAUAUACGACCCCUAAUAUUAACAAAAUUCCCUUACCUAACGGCGAGGACACAUUUCUAAUAAUUGUUGCCGUGCCGGUUUAUUCAAACUAUGCAUUACCAGACGAAGUAAAAAAGUCGAGCAUAUUUGGUAUGCGGCAUACAUCGGCCUGCAUUUUUAAUCAGGUGGAUGCUGACGUUGUCAUGAACUUUGGGUACCUCCCACAGCAAAUGUUAGGAAAAUCAGUCUUUGAUUUUUAUCAUCCAGAAGAUCUCCCAUUUAUGAAGGAAGUAUAUGAGUCAGUAAUGGUAAAAUGUCAAAUAGCAGGAUCGGUUUAUCGCAGCAAACCCUAUCGUUUCGCCGUUCAAAAUGGAGAUUUCGUAAUGAUAGAAACGGAAUGGUCGUGUUUCAUUAAUCCAUGGUCGCGACGGCUCGAAUUCGUAAUUGGACUUCACAGAGUUUUACAGGGCCCCAGUAAUCCUAACAUUUUCGAAGCCCCUAAAGAAGAUAAAAAUAAACUUGCAUCCGAUCAAGUUUUGAAAGAUGCCGAAAUCAUUCGAGAGGAAAUUUUGCACAUCUUAAAUAAAGAGUUGUACCGGCCUUCAAAACUGCCCCAGCGAGAGGUUGCCAGGCGAUGCAAAAACCUAGAAACCUUUAUGGAAAAUAUAAUAGAAUGUUCAAAACCAAAUCAGUGUUUGGAUCCCGUGCCUAAAGAUGGUCAUAUUCUUUAUGGUUCCAACAACUUAGGAUCAUCAUCACCUCGAAACGAAGACUGCGAUAGGGACUCGUUUGAAACACCUCCGAGUUACACUCAGUUGAAUUACAACGAAAAUAUUAACAGGUUCUUUAAAAGCAAACCAAUGACCAACGGUUCAGAUGAAAGUGGACGAACCGCUCAUGUCGAUCAGGUGCUCAAAUGUUCUUCCUCCAUUCCAAUGUGCAAUCAUAGAGUUUCUGGUAGCGGUAGUACCGGGAACAUCAGUUCGGGAAGUAACCUUAAUAUCGAAGGUUCAACUAGUACAUCAAAUGGUUCUUAUGAGCCUUUACUACUCACCGAGGAAUUGAUUCUAAGACACAAUGAGGAUAUGGAGAAAAUGAUGCGUCAAAGGCACAAGGAACAGCGUUCAACUAUGAAGCCGUUGCCGAAUGCCAUUGUCAAAAACGAAAGUAUCACCGUCAAUCAUGAUCAACAGAGAUUUGAACAGUUCCAGGGAGUAAAACGAAGUGGAUCGUUGUCGUGGGAGGCGGAAACGGUUAAGGUUUUAAAACAGAAACAUUUAGCCAAUGAAAAACGAAAUACGACUUUCGGCUCGUGUAGUCAUAACAUUUCGUCGAAUUUUGCUGGCAAAUACAACUCGAAUGUUAUAGAUAAAGGAAACACUAGUGGGGUGGGCGAUCUACCCUUGUGGCCGCCAUUUCCACUAACAGUAAAUUCGUUGAAUAGUAAUCAGUCGAAUGCACCUGGAGUCGUUCCCGUCUACUACAUUCCAAGCCAAAGAAAAACUCCAUCCGAUUACGGCGAAGUUACAUACCCUCCUGCCCACGAAGUUCAGUACAUACGCGGAGUAAUGUAUAAUCCAGUGUUUCCAUCUCCAGUAUUUUGCACCCCCAUGGCAAUGGUGCCGUUUUCAUUGCCGCAACCUGUUGCGCCAUUCAUACCGGACAGUAAGACCGUGCUGAAAUCGACUCUGUCAGGGCGCCAAAGGUCCACAUCUCGAGCCACCUCAGUUAAGGCAGAACCUGGAAGCGCGAUUGGCUCUAACGUUUCCGCAAGCUGUGUUAAUCGAGAUAUUGGUUUACCAUCGGUUUGUUCUCCUGAUUCUCCAUUGGUGAGCUCCAUUGAUGGAGAAGGCCAUAUGGAUAAUUCUAAUGUAACUUAUAAGACCGUAGAGACUGUCGAGGACAAAUUCGUCGACAGCGCACCUUACGACGAAGGGAGCAGCCACUCAUCGUCAUAUUCGUCAUUUUUCAAAACCGACAAUGGAUUCAGUUCGAAUGAAGAUUCAGCUGGGGAAAAUGGUAGGAAGGACAAGAAUAAUAUCACGAAUAAAAUUUUGCAGAGGGCACACGCGGUCAGGAAGUGUGAUCCGGUUUGGAUGCAAGCAGUCAACGUUACACCAGAUUUAAUUUACCGUUAUCAAAUGUCGACUAUGGAUCUUGAUGAGGUUUUGAAGGCUGAUCAUAACGCCAUGGAAAAUGUGAAACAACCUGAUUUUGUCAAUGAACAAUUGCACGAACUGUAUUUAUCUAUGGAAGAUGAGCAAAAAUCCCCAACCUAUAAUCUGUAUGGGUCGGUCUCCAGCAGUGAACAAGAAUACAAUAAUUAUUCAGAUACGGUAAUACAUGAAAGGAUGGCUAAUAGUAUACUUAUGAUGAUUUAUGAAGAAAACGCUGCCCUUCCUUCUUCCGAUCAUUGAAGCACCAUGAAUGUUUAUAUAAUUGAAUUGUUUUUAUGGAUUUGCAGUCAGUUGUUAAGUGUUGAUUGUUUUUGUUAAGAUUUUGUCGUAUAGUCCCGGGUCCCUAUGCCAUUAGUGUAAGGCAGCGAAAAUGCGAACCCCCAAAACUUUUAGACCUCGAAUGUCGAAAAUUUUACAAUCAUAAUAGUUAUAUUUUUAUAUAAUAAUGUUUUGUACAUAAGUACAAAAUGUAUUGUUAUGUCUGUAAAGGACAGUUAGGGUGGUUUAAAAUGUCAAUAUCGCCAUGACGCAAUAGGUGCUAAUGGGACACUUGUGAAUGUCCUCUUUUAAUUUAAUCGCUAAUCAGUAAAUCAAAAGGCGUGGCUGAGAGACACGUUUGGAACUCUAGGGUGGCUCACGGAAGAUGACACAGAACUAUUUUUCGGUUAUUAAACAUGUUUCAACAUGUCUCCUAUCAUGCAAUAUUGGAUAUGCUUUUUAAAAUUCGCUUAUUUAGUUUCUAAGUGACUCCACGAUGUAACUGCCAACAUGAUGUUCAUGUCAAUAGACGGACGUUUGGGUAAAUGAUUGCCCAAACAUAUUUUUUAUGCCUUAAAGAGAAAGCGAAUUUUUUAAAUAUAUCCUCUAAACUAAAUGAACAAAUCUAAAAAAUAGCUGUAAAACUGUCGAGCUUCCAAUUUACGCUGUUUUAAAAUGAUUCAUAUUCUCGGAACAUGGCAAAAACGGGGUUAAGAGUUUCUCAAGCUCCACCUUUGUGAUCUACUUGAAAAAGCAAACUGCACAAGUCGAAUGCGCUUCAAUCACAAUCAGUGCACAGCGAGUACAAUCAAGUGCCUACAAACCAGAAAUGUUCUUUUGUAAAAUAUGCCUAUCAGAAAUAUUGCUUAAUUAACAUGUGGUAAGAAUAUUGUAAGAAUAAUCCUAACAUGGUAAAAAUAUUCCAUGUUAGAUUCUUGAAAUAUUCUUUGUCGUUAGGGUGUAGCUUAUUUAUUCAACACAUUCACGUUCAUGGCCAUUUUGUCAUUGUACUUCGUCACUGUUAAAAUAUGUCAUUCAGUAUUAUGAAAAAUGUACUAUUAGCUAUAUUUUCUAUUUAUUUAAGAAAAUGUGUAAUGUUAUGCGUUUUUUGUAAGCCUUUCUCCCCAAAUGACCAAUUAAACUAAGUAAAUAUUU